AUGCCGGACAUUGCUAAGCUUCCGGAUCUUGCAGAGAUUCUCGGAGUAUCUGUGGAUGAACUUUUAGGUGAGAAGUCUGCACUUGUUGAAGCGGCACUCAAUAAUAAGGUUGAAGAGGCUAUUGAAAGUAAGCAGGUGGAAAAUUAUCUUAUGUACAUGGAUGACGAGGAUGUAAGAAAUCUUGCUUUUGCUGCAUUAGAGAAAGGUGAAAAUGUUGAGAUGUUUCUCCCUUAUAUGGAGGAGGAAGAUGUGAGCGAACUGGCAAUGAAAGCGUUAAAGAUGCAAAAGCGGAAAUAA